CGCGCCUUGCAGCUCACAUUAAAAUUAAACCAAAAUCGUAAAAAAACUCGUAAUUGAAUUACAAUAAAUUCAUAAAAAAUCACAAAGCAAUCGCAAGUGAAAAAAACCACAAAUUCUGUUAACCAAAAUCUCGUUUUUGUGUGUGAAUCGAUUCUUCCGGUUUGGAUUUUGGAUUUGUAUAAAAAGGAAUACAGCCUCAAAAUGAUAUUCGGCCGCUGGACGCGUAAACAAAUACUCACCAUGUUCGGUUUGGGAGCUGCCCUGCUGGGCGUCGUAAUUCUCAUCGGUGUGCUCAGCAGUAACAGUGUGUCCUCAAAGGACCUGCCUUGGCAAAAAUGCUACAAAACCAGUCCCAAUACAACGCAUUCUACGUUGGAAUUAGUGCACAUAGUCUUCAGACAUGGAAUUCGCACGCCAGUGGAUACAUAUCCCAAAGAUCCUUAUUUGAAGGAUGGCUUUAAGCCUACCGGUUGGGGCCAUGUGACAAAUUCUGGAAAAAAGGAACUUUACGAGAUCGGCAAGUGGUUGCAUCGUCGAUAUGGUGACUUCAUGGGACCCUACUAUAGGCCGGAUAGACUACACGCACAAGCCACUGCCUCGCCAAGGGCCAUGAUGUCCUUGCAAACCACCCUGGCCAGCAUGUUUGAGCCAAAAGGAACCCCAAUGGAGUGGAACAAACAUCUCAAUUGGCAACCGAUUCCCAUUGUUUCAGAGCCUCUAGAUCAGGAUUCGUUACUGCUAGUUCGAACACCCUGUCCCCGUUAUUUUGAGGCCCUGGAAGAGGUCUUUCAGCGACCGGAAGUGAUUGCUGAAACGGAACCCUUCGAACAAAUGUUCCGCGAACUCACAAACCUCACUGGAAAAUCUGUUCAGAGUGCCGAGGAUGUCAAUUCCUUGUACAUUACCCUCUUGGCUGAACAGGAGUUUGGCUACAAGUUGCCUGAUUGGACAAAGGAUUACUUCCCCGAUCGUAUGCAAUUCCUGGCCGAACAGAGCUACGUUUACAAUGCCUACACACCGGAAAUGCAAAAGAUUAAAGGAGGACCCUUCCUCAAGAAAAUGUACAAGGAGAUGGUGGCCAAAAGAGCCGGUAGUCUGAAGCCCAAAGAUCGAGGAAUGUUCAUCUACACAGGACACGACUGGACUGUGGGCAAUAUCCUUUCGGCCUUGGGUGUUUGGAAGCGUCAGAUGCCGCGUUUUGCUGUAAUGGCCAUUUUUGAAACUCACAGGGAUAAGGAAACCGGUGAAUACUAUGUGGAGAUCUUUCUCCGAAACGACGAGCACGGCUGUGUGGAGCAGCUGAAGCUAAAAGACUGCGAUUUUCGGUGUCCCCUGAGCCAACUCAUUGAGCUGAGUGCCAAGGUGCUACCCAACGAGUCGGUGGAGGAGAGGUGCCGACCCCAUAACGAUAAUUUCGUGGAGCCGCCACCGCGUAUAAUCGAUCAGGUCGGCCGUUAGCGAAAACCAUUUGCCAUAGAGAAAUUAUUUUCGCUCAGUAUUACAAUAGCAGCUGAUGAAGAGUUGUGCAAAAAAUAUAUGAAGAAUAAAGUACA